AUGUCGGCGUACCUCUUCUUGGUGGUCCCGUUUGCCUUGUUAUUGAUAUAUCGCACCUUGCAGGGGUAUCAGAAGCCACCCAAAGGGCUAAGCCUCGUUCCUGGACCACACAGCUGGCCAUUGGUGGGCAAUACUUUGCAAUUGAAGCCUCAGCCACAGCGUCAAUUCCAGGCGUGGGCACAGCGGUAUGGCGAAGUUUUCAAGAUUAGAAUGGGUUGGUACGAUUGGGUGUUCGUCAACGACCCCGCCGCGGUGAAGGAGAUAUUCGACAAGCAGUCUGCGGUAACUUCCGGACGUGUUCCAGUGCCUGUCGCGUCGGACUUAAUCUCGGAUGGCAAGAGGUUCUUGCUGAUGGGCUAUACGGCGGAGUGGAGGAAGCUAAGGGCCAUUGUCCACAAGUUGUUGACGCCGAAAGUGUCAGCGACUUUUCGGCCAAGUCAAGAACUCGAAGCUAAGCAAUUGAUUUACGACGUUUACCGAGACAGCCAGAGGCUCGAUGAGACCAGCUUCUACAUGCACGUUCGGCGUUACACGACGUCUGUCGUUAUGACAUCUACCUAUGGCAGGCGCAUUCCGCAGUGGGAUUGCGAGGAUGUCCGUGAGGUCUAUGGCCUGAUGAAAGAGUUCUCUGAUGCUACCGCACCCGGAGCAUUUGUCGCCGACAUGAUACCCCCACUAGCUAGCUUUAUACCUCUUGGGUUGCAAUGGUGGAGGCCACGUGCGCAGAGAUACUCAAGGCGGCAGACCAGCCUAUGGAUGAAAUACUGGACCGAUCUGAGGCGUGCUAUCAACGAGAAGAGGGCUCCUGACUGCUUUGUGAAGCAAUUUGCAGAGACUGAUUACAUCAAGCAAGGCAUCGACGAGGUACAGGCAGCGUAUGUAGCAGGAACCAUGAUCGAAGCCGGAUCUGAGACGACAAGUUCAGCAUUGAACAGUGCUAUCAAAUAUCUCGCAGCGUUUCCCGAGGUACAAGCCAAGGCGAACAGAGAGUUAACGGAAAUCGUCGGCGACGUCAGGUCGCCCACCUUUGAGGACGAAGAGCAACUACCAUACAUCCGUGCCAUGGUCAAGGAGAUACUACGAAUCAGACCUGUCACAAACAUUGGCACUCCUCACUUUACCACAGCCGAUAUACAAUAUAAAGACUUCCAUAUUCCGAAGGGGACAGUGGUCAGCAUCAACCAGUAUGCGUUACAUUUCGAUUCGCGCUACGAGCGACCAAACGACUUCAUACCGGAUCGCUAUUUAAAUCAUCCUCUGAAAGCAGGAGCCUAUAGCGGUCAUCCAGACCCAUACGAGCGAGAUCAUUUCGGCUUCGGUGCUGGGCGUCGGAUAUGUCCAGGAAUGCAUCUGGCAGAGAACAGUCUUCUGAUCACUCUUGCAAAGAUCUUAUGGGCCUUUGAGAUCCUUCCGCCAGUCGGCAAGAACGGUCAACCAGAGAAGGUUGACAUAUCCGAUGAUAGCUAUGAGGACGGCGGGAACACCUUACCAAAACCGUAUAGGAUACGCUUCCAGGUUAGAAACGAGCGGCGUGCAGAUGUUUUAGUGGCAGAUUGGGAGCAAGCUCGAGCUGGAUUAGCUCAAUUUGAAACGAGCAGAGGCACAUAA